CUCCUCUAAAUCAGUCAUAUACAGAUCAAGAAGGCCAGAGGCCUCAGAAAAAUAUACAUAUAUAUAUAUAUAAAAACAAAAACAAACUCAACAAGUAGGAGACAUGACUGUAUUGGGAAAAGGUUUCAAAGACAUAUCAAACAUCUCAUGGCUUCAAUUCUUAAUCCUCACCUCCGUUUUCACCAUUUCUCAAUGCGAUGAUCCAGAUUGCGUAUAUACUGCUUAUAUAAGAACCGGGUCGAUCAUUAAAGGUGGGACAGAUUCAAUCAUAAGCUUGACCCUUUUUGAUGCAGCCGGAUAUGGGAUCCUAAUCAAGAACAUUGAGACUUGGGGAGGACUAAUGGGUGAAGGGUACGAUUAUUUUGAGCGAGGCAACUUGGACAUCUUCAGUGGGAGAGGUCCAUGCUUGGGGGGUCCGGUAUGUGCUAUGAACUUGACAUCAGACGGAUCGGGUCCUCACCAUGGAUGGUACUGUAACUACGUGGAAGUCACCACCACUGGCGUCCACCAGGCCUGUGCCCAGCAGCAGUUCACGGUGGAGCAAUGGUUGGCCACCGACAGGUCGCCCCAUACUCUUACUGCAAUCAGGGACUACUGUGAUUAUGAUGGUAUUUACAAGUCAUCUUCCCCUCUUGUUGCUGAGAUGUAAGGCUUGUUUGCCAUAUGGUGUAAUACUACUGAUUUUGUUCUUUAGUUUCCACUCUCGAGUGGUCUGUAUUGGGAUUUGGAGAUGUUUGAUAUUUAGUGGGAUUAUUUUUAGUAUGGGAAUUCUAUUUUUGUUCAAUGUUAAAAUA